UGUGGAACGCUGGACGGAAUGUUAAGAACUCGGUGGGCAGUGGGAUGGCAUCGCUCGAACGCGACUUAGUCGAAAAUUUGAAUCCGGUUCGCGCGGACGUGACUCGGAUGGUGGAGGGAAACCCAAGUCGAAAAAGCAACCGCAACCAGAAGUUGCGAUUUUACGCGAUGUCUGAAGAGGACUUGUGCCGAAGCGGGAGUCAGGAAAACAAAAUGUGACAAUAGAAACGGGGAAAAAAGUUAAUGGAAAGUGGCAAACAGAGAAAAGAAGAAUUAAGACAAAGUUAAACCACUUGAUGUCCUCUUGGGUGUCCUGCGUCCCGAGUCCUGUGUUCCGCGUCUUGCAGUGCCGCCUGUCGAGUGUCUUUUGCCGAAAUCACUUUUAAAAUUUGUUUGCUCCCGCCUUAUGCAAAUGGAUAUUAGAAUGCCGCGCUAAACUGAGGAGCCGAGCAGUAAAAAAACAGGACCGAAGAAAACAGAGGAUUUCUCGAAGGACGCGUAACGUGAAAAAGGGAUUAUUGUGCAUCAUUUUGGGUAGCGAGAAAAAUGCGAGGGAAGGCGAAAUAAAAAAUAUUCUCAAGUCGGAUUAUGCGAUAAAAUGUUACUGAAGUGUAAAUGUUUUCUCACGUGUUAAAUCAUUAAAUAUAAGCCAUCCAAGCUGCACACAAUUGGUUUAGAGCCCGGCCAUAUGGCCAUUGUUACCUUUUACGAGUACCACCAACCUAAAACUCAGAGAAAGCCCAUCGAAAGGCAGUGUGAAACUUGUUAAACACUAUAAAUGGUCGAAGUUUUUAAGGUUUUUUGUGAGAAAAGUUAGCCCAUUAGUCAUCGAGAACAUUGUGUGAUAGUUCUGCAUGAAAACCGUGCAAGUUAUUAACUUUUAAGAAAGUGAGCCGGGUACCAAGGAAAAGGAAAUUCUGUGUAAAUGUAUUUAUUAGGGAUUAAACGGAUUUGUGCUGUUCAACAAAAUAAGUUUUGAAAAAGACCAGAAAGCUAAAUAAGCAAAUUGGAUUACCAUGGAAUAAAGUCGAGUUCCGAUGCCAGUUUAUUUGUCUAUGCUGGUGCCACUGCAUCGCCAAUAAAAGUUUGCAACUCAACAAAGGCGAAAACACUUAAAUAAAUAUAUAAAUCAAGCAACACACAAAUUGUGCAAAACGAGUUCAGAGACCGAGUAAGCCAACAAUGGGUUUUCACGAAAAUCGCUUGAGAAAACGCAUCGAAAGACUUGUGGCCGACCCAUAAAGAAGAGUUGCAAUUUUUUGCUGAAAGCUGGAAAUAAAAUGAAAUAAAAUAAACUAAAAUAAAAUGAAACAGGAUCGAGGUUAGAUAGAACCCAAACGGAGGCAACCCAGAACCCAAGCCAACCCCAAGUGUAUUAAUUCAAUAAACCUAUUUAUCUGAGACUUCGACUGGGAUUUCGAGAACGGCGCAGAGAAUGCGACAAAGUUUGCCAGCCAAGACGGCGCAGUGCAAUCAGCAGAUCCUGUCCGUCCUGGUCCUGGUACUGGAACUGGUCCUAGGGAGCACGAGAAGCCAGAUUCGAUGCCGCAAACGAGUCCCAAUUGGAGGCAGGCGGACAAUGAGCGCACAAAAGGCGCUGUAAGUGUCAUUGCAGCCAGGAACUGGGCCACUGGGACUGCCACGCAGGACUGGAGCCAGAAGAGCAGCAGUAGCUGGAGCAGCACCAGUCGAGGAACCAGAACCAGAACCAGAAUCAGCCCAACCAGGACCCGGCCCGCCACGUUGACAACCGAGAUGACAGUGGCAGGACGAGCAGUACGAGCAGUACGAACAGGACGAGCAGGAGCAGGAGCGCCAUGGUGUCGCCGAUUUUCCCUGACAUUCCCACCAGCGUCUUGGCUGCGCAUCAGCUUCGCCCUUUUGGUCCUCACGGCUCUCGGCUGUGGGAUACAAGUAGUCACCUGCAGCAACCCGGAACUGGGAGCAAGUGCUCCAGAUCCAGCGGACUUGACGCGGGGAGGGAAGAGCACUGAGGGACAGCUUACGACGGCCACAAGAUCCACUCUGCCAGAUAGCCCAAUGACAACACAAAACGAUCUAAUUACGACAGCCAGCAACUUAGCGACAGCAAAAAAGCCAGCCACAGCAGUCUCAGAGGCAGGGGCAGGGGCAGGGGCAGAGACAGAGGCGGCAGAUGCGGCAGAAACGGCAUCACCGACAGAGGCAACCAGCUCAUGGAGCUCCACUGCCGCAGCCCGGGGCAUGUCAUCAGCAGAUGGAGCAGAGGAGGCGAUAGCAACCAGCCAGUCAGCACAAAUUGGGCUAACUACUCAGGCCACAGUACGGCAAACAGAAGCGCAGACAGCAGCAGCGACACAAGCCGCAGCAGCAGCAGCAGCAGCAGCAGCAGCAGCAGCAACUGAGACCGCAGCAGAGAUGCGCGUAUCAACAAUUUAUCCAGCAUCAACGGAAACGGAUGUGCAGAACUCCAUUGAGCGACUGGCGGGGCGAAGUGAAAAAAUGGCGAACGCGGUGCAUCCGGGUGUCGCUGAUUCAUUGACCAAGGGCUUCUCCAUUCCGACCUUCCUGCCGCCAUUUCCCGUUUUUGCGGCUGCGGAUUUGCCAGCUUACCGCGCCGCUGCUGAUGCCGCCGAGGCAGCCAAGUUGGCGGCAGAGGCGGCGGCCCAGGCAGCGGCCCAGGCAGCGGCCCAGGCAGCGGCCGCCAAAACAUCCUCGGAAGCGGUGACAAUGUCGCCGGAGGAGCAGCGCCGGCAGAUGUUUAAUGAGCAGCACUCCUACCUGGUCGCCCACCGCGAUGGCGGCGAGGGGGCGGGGUCGGCGGUGCGGCGCAACCUGACAAUGCCCGUGCUGAACAUCACCGCCCAGAUGGGGAACCACGCCUACAUGCCGUGCCAGAUACAUCGAUUGUCGGAUAAGCCCGUUUCAUGGGUGCGCAUGCGCGAUAACCACAUCAUCAGCGUGGACGAGACCACCUUUAUAGCGGACGAGCGAUUCCAGUCCAUAUACCAGGAGGACCACGACUAUACCUGGUCCCUGCAGAUCAAGUACGUGGAGCCAAACGAUGCCGGGUGGUACGAGUGUCAGAUGGCGACGGAGCCAAAGCUGAGUGCCAAAGUCCACCUGCAGAUAGUCAAACCCAAGACUGAGCUGAUUGGGGAUCAGAGCCGCUUCGUGAAGGCGGGCAGCAAGGUGGCGCUGCACUGCAUCGUACGGGGCACCUUGGAUCCGCCCAAGUACAUCAUCUGGUUCCGGGGCCAGAAGAAGAUAAGCGAAAGUGACGAGCGGACCGGCUGGUAUACGCAGCUGGAUCGGAAUAUAUUUGGCACCGUGGGCGAUAAUCAGAAUACGAUCGGCUCAUUAAUUAUACCGCUCGUGCGGAAGGAGGAUUCCGGCAAUUAUACGUGCCAGCCGUCGAACAGUGUCUCCGUGUCCGUGGACCUGCACGUGCUAAGCGGUGAAUAUUCCGCAUCGGCCAUCAUGUCAACGGCGGCAAGGACGACGAAAGGCGGUCGGAGCACGUUCAACUCGACGCUGGGACUCCUGGGAAUCCUUGGACUCCUCUGGGCGAUGCAGGGAGCAAUGCACACACCACCGACCCAGACGUGACUCGCCUAUUGAACGCCUGGUCGUGGCGUCCGACUUGCAAUUAUUUGUAAGCUUUUGCGCCAUCUGCAGUUUCGUAAUUUAGGUUAGAGAUUAAUUAAAGGCGGCCUUGUAAAUAGCGUGGAUGACAACAGGGGCGGGAGGUGGAGGUGUAUGUGGAGGAGGAUUAGGAUCUGGAGCAGGAGCAGCAGCAGGAGCGCUGUCGAAACAGAAUUGACGGCUCUGUAAUUAGGUUAAGCGUUACCAUAACUCUCAUGUCUGCGUGUCUCACAUUAUCCCCAUACCAUACUGCAAAUCAAUCUAAUGUAAAAUUCAAUUUAAGCAGACCCCAUUUCAAGUUGUGAAAUCGAAUCAAUAAUUAGAUUAUUGCCGGAGAGAAAUAUUAUUAAAUGAAAAUAAUAAAACUGAAUCAUAAAAAUCCAUCAUAAAUAACAGGCAUUCAAUAAAUCAUGUGAAACUUU